AUGAUUAAUAUAAAAAUUGUAUUUUUAUAUUCGAUAUUUUAUAUACUAUAUAUAUUUCCUUAUAUAGUUACUACAGCCAAUUUUAGUUCAAAUGAAGUGUAUAUAAAAAAAAGAAACAUAAAAAGAUCAAUAGAAGAAAUAAAUAAUUUUAAAUAUGAUAAUGAAAUAAUAGAUAAUUUAUCAAUAAAUAAUAGAAAAAAAAGAAGUAUAAGAAUAAGAUUGGGAAAAUAUAGAUGGACUACAUUAAUAGAUUAUUAUGUUUAUUUUCCUUUAAAUGUAUUUUCGAUAAGAAGAGCUUUAAAGAUUUUAGAAACUGCAACAUGUUUAAGAUUUAAAGAAGAACAUAGCAUAAAAAAUUGUAGGUCAGGUUUACGAUUUUCUGCUUCAAGUUUUUAUGAUAGUCACUUAGGAAGACAAACUGCAAACAGCUAUCAAAAUAUAGAAAUUGUAAAAGAGUAUUUUAAUGAAGGAAUGAUUUUACGAAUGGUAUUACGUGCAUUAGGAGUAAUUUAUGAACAUACUCGAGUUGAUAGAAAUUAUUAUGUAAAAGUUGUUGAAGAAAAUAUUAAGCCAUUUGCUAAAAAAUAUUUUGAAAUAUACAAAAAACAUGUAUUUACUCAUUGUAUUAUUCCUUAUGAAUAUGGAUCUUUAAUGCAUUUUGGAAUGUAUAAUUUUAGUAGAAAUGGUGGUAAAACAUUAAUUCCAAGAGAUCGUUUAUAUGAAAAUACUAUAGGACAAACUGAUAUGUUGACUUUUAACGAUGUAAGAACAUUAAACUGGUAUUAUUGUUCUGAUGUGUGUAAAAUUAAAAUCAGAUGUAAAAAUCAUGGAUAUCAAAAUCCUAAUGAUUGUAGUAGAUGUAUAUGUAUUGAAGGAUUUGUAGGUGAUCAUUGUGAAAAAUUUGCAAGAACACGACCAUAUUGUAAAACAAGUGAAAUUUUCGUAACAAAUGAACUUGUAUUUUUUAAUAUAAGUGGAGUGAAAAAUUGUGUAUAUCAUGUAAUGACAAAUAGCUUUAGUAAAAUUAAAAUUAUUCUUUUAAAAGUUAGAAUAGAUUUUUUAUAUCCAACAACGUGUUCAAUUGGUAAUACACUUGAAAUAAAAUUUUUGAGAGACAAAACUUUAGCAGGUGCAAGGUUUUGUCACCAGAAGUUUUCUAAAUUUAUUAAAUCACAAAAUAAUUAUGUUAUUAUACAAUAUAACAGUUAUAAUCCUAAAAGUUAUGUUCACAUGUAUUUUAAAAGAUCACAUUAA